CUCCCUGCGAUAGCCUGCCCAUCAACCCAUUCUCGCGCCAUGUCACCACCAGACACCGAUCCGACCGCACUGGGCGCAGAGACUGCAUCUGCUUCCAGGAAGCGGACCCACCCAGAGGAUUUCAAACGUGCCUACAAAGCAUGUAUCAAUUGUCGUCAGCGAAAAGCAAAAUGUAUUCUAGACGCCAAUUCCGAAGGCGAGCUCAAGCCCCCUUGUCAAAGAUGCAAGAGGGAAAUGCGAGAGUGCGUUUUUAGAUCUGAACGUUCUUGGGUCAAGAGACGCAAACCCGGCGAGGCGAGAGAUGUUGAACCCAAUGCUGCAGACGACGCACCGCCCACUACUCAGGGCAUUGGGGCAGGCGUCACUCCACCAACUGCCAGGCCACUAUCUAUUCCAGGUUAUAUCAAUUCUCCCGCUGAGUCGCCUCACAGCCGUCGCUCAGAAUCUCUAUUAUCCCCUGCUACGUUGCGAAGAGUGUCGACCUCUCAACCGGACUUGGCGCACUCAGUUAUGAGGACUGUAGUUUCCAGUGGAAGUGAUGCCUUGAAUCUGUUAUUUGAAGCUGCGCAUCAUAGAGAUGCAAUUGAGAACCAGGAACAGGCGAAUUCCCAGGCUUACGAAACACCCCAGUCAGGUACCUCAGGAUAUGGUCAAGGGCGAGAUGUGCCUGCUUCCCCAUUUACAUUCAAGGCGCAGCCUGUGCAGAUGUCGCAACCUUCUGCCGAGAUCCUCAAAGUCUGGACUUCCUGUCGGUUCGUGCAAAUGGGCUGGUUUUCUGCGCAUGAAGCUGUGACUUACGUCGACCUCUUUUUCAAAAACUGCUCUCCCUUGUCUCCAAUUCUAUCGGAUUGGUACCAGUAUCAUGAGAACCAUUGGUCGCUGAUAGCACUCGAUCCAUUUCUCUGCGUGUCAAUCCUAAUGGUUUCCUCAAGAUACAACGUAUUGCCUGGCGUUGGCGGCGCUUCGCGUGGUUACUUCGUCCACGAUCGAUUAUGGGAGCAGUGCCAACGGUUCAUCAUGAAGAUAAUGCUAGGCCAGGUCAAACCUUCAAAGGCACAAUCGCGUACCAUUGGGUCGAUCGAAGCUCUCUUGCUUCUUUCCGAGUGGCAUCCCCGUGCGCUGCACUUUCCUACUGCGGCUGACGGUUGGGAUUGUGAGCUAAUGAUUGGGGCAAAUAACACCACUUCCGAAGGCGCGAAGCUUUUAGAAGGAGAUACGACUUCCAGUCGUUGGUUGGAAGACGUUAUUGAACCUGCUAAACGCUCCGAUCGUAUGUCGUGGAUGCUACUAGGUAGUGCACUUUCGCUUGCACAAGAGCUGGGGUUGUUUGAAGAUAAUGCGAAUAUCGAGAAAGACCAGCUGUCUUACCCCAACUUUUCGCCUGAAUUCUUGGUAUUACGGAGGAUACGCGUCCGGAAGCUGCUUUACGUGUUCAUCGAGCAGCUAUCAUGGAGGCUUGGAUGUACAUCGAUGAUCCCGCAAAGUUUGAACCACGCUCUUAUGGAGAAAGUACCCUCAGACUCAGCCACUGCUCAUGUUGAGCAAUGGCAAUCGUUCAUGGUAGCCUGGGUAGAGCUUACGAAGUUGGCAAGAUCUGUGUCGGAUACCAUCUACCCUUCAGCAGCGACUACGCGAAGUCUUCUGCGUACAGGAAGAUAUAUUGGUCUUCUGGAACACUUUCAGCCUCUUCUAACCACCUGGAGGAAGAAGUACUUAGACCCCUGUAAACUAAAAGCCGGGGUCCAUGACAUGCUGACUAUAGAAUACCAGUAUGUGAGAAUAUACACCAACUCACUCGGUAUGCAAGCUGUGGUGGAACGCACGCUGGCCGAGACUGAUCCCGACGGCCCGCAAGAAGAAGUAUUGCCUCUGAACUUGGAGCCUAGAGAUUACGACUUCAUCCAGGAAGUGGUUGAUGGCAGCUGUCAGAUCCUCCAGAAGGUUGUUCAACUUUACGACUCUGGAGCUCUACGUUACUCUCCAGUCCGGAUUUUCCUUCGCAUCACUACUUCAUCCAUUUAUCUUAUCAAGGGCCUCAGCUUAGGUUCUCGCAAUCAGAAGUUGCAGUCCUCGCUCGACAUUCUGGACGCCGCCAUUCGCGCUAUGCGUUCAAGUACACUCGAUGAUAUGCAUCUGGCCUCCCGAUAUGCAACGUUGCUCGAUUUACACGUGGCCCGACUACGUGAGAGCUUUGUCGCAUCAGCUAGGCCCCCUCGCAUCCCGUCUCGCGGUACCUCUGUAGAGAAGGGUGCUACAAGUGGAAUGGACUUCUUGAACAACCACAAUGCCGGUCAAUCAGGUAUUGCAUCUCUAGCAGAGGAUGUCAACGGCAUGAUGCCGGAUGAUGAUUGGCUAGCAUUGCCCUUUGAUCCAUCAAUGGCGCCUUUUGAGCUGGAUUCUACACAGAGUUUCCAAGGCUUCGAUGAUAGGACAUUAGAUUUCAUAUGGAACCUUCCGACGGGCAUGUAG